UAUAAAACAGAACUGAAUUUUGUCACCAGUUCUAACUGCUAGCAACUGAUUUUUACAUUCAUCUCAAGCCAUUUCUCUCACAUCAAUUCCUGCUUCUUCUCUCUUUUGAACACACAACGCAACCAGAGUUACCAACAGAUCCAAAUCUAAUCCUUUGAAAUUCAUUAACCCCCAUUCCUAUUAUCUCUCAGUUCCAGUUUUUCACUUUGUUAGUGUCAUCUGCAAUUUGCUUUCACAGUUGCUUCAGCAGGAAGAAAUGACAAAAGGAAACACCUUCUUGCUUUUCCUUACCUGAUUGUAUAGAAUCUCUCUUUUCUCAUCAUUUGGGAUAUCACUGUUCACUCUGCAUCAACUUGCUAUUGGAUUUUAACAUUUAUCACUGCUAUCAUAUUUCUAAGCUCUCACUUCUGGGUACGUCAUGAUUUUUCCAAGAUUCUCCUCGAUUCUAAAGGUGUAGGGCAAUUUGUGUUAUAAAGUAUGGAAUUCGAGACUCCACAUCAAACUUGUUUUAUGUCAAAUUCAAGUUGGUUUUCUCAAGAAAGCCACUACACAGAAUGGACAAGAGAAGAGAAUAAGAAGUUUGAAAGUGCCCUUGCCAUAUAUGAUAAGGAUACCCCAGACAGAUGGCUGAGGGUUGCAGCCAUGCUACCUGGAAAAACUGUCUAUGAUGUCAUCAAACAAUACAGAGAAUUGGAAGAAGAUGUUUGUGAAAUAGAAGCAGGGAGGAUUCCAGUUCCUGGAUACCCUAUCUCUUCUUUCACAUUGAAGAUGGUUGACAACCAAUGUUAUGAUGCAUGCAGAAAGAAGCCUGCAACUCUCAGGAGUUCUGAUCAGGAGAGGAAGAAAGGGGUUCCUUGGACAGAAGAGGAACACAGACGUUUUCUGAUGGGACUUUUAAAGUAUGGUAAAGGGGAUUGGAGAAACAUUUCUCGUAAUUUUGUGGUCACAAAAACUCCCACCCAAGUGGCAAGCCAUGCUCAAAAGUAUUACAUAAGGCAAAAGCUUUCUGGAGGGAAAGACAAUAAAAGGAGGCCUAGUAUCCAUGAUAUCACCAUUGUUAAUCUUACAUCAGAUCAAGAGAAGCCUCUUUUACUCAAUGAUGAGUCUCACAUGACUUUUGAGCAACAGAAGCUAACUAGCAUGCCAAAAGUACAACUAGAAUGGAUUAAUCACCACGACAAUGGGUCACGUAUGGUUGUCAACCCAAAUUAUGAUAUGUUCAUGUCACCUUCAUCUGGCAUCUCUUCCAAGACCCUCAAGUUGCAAGGGCAAGAUUUCUAUGAAUGUGCCUUUCAUGAGACUUAUGCUAAGCUUAAAAAUUCGGGUUUCAGGACAACUUCUAGAGACUUCAACAAGGAAGGUAUUCAUGCACUCUGAUCUUGUUAUGAACAGCAUACCGGUUCUACUACAUAGAUCAUAGACCCAAGGAUACUUGUUUUAUGUUAUGAACAUAAAUAAUGUUUCAUUCCUUCAGCUGUUUAAUGUACCCUUUUCAAGUUUCCCUGUGUUUACUCCUAGUCAGACAGUUAUUUAACAUGUCUAUUUCUUUGUAUAGACUCAAUCUGCAUCACAGGAUGCGCCAUUCAGGUAUUCUCAGUCUCGGGCAACGAGACAAUAUUCAGUAAUCAUUGAAUUCCAUUAGAUCAAUCGUGUGUCAUAAUAAUAUCAAGGUUUUAAGAUGUAAUUUACUUUCAAUUUGAA